UCGCACGCUGAUGUCCCCUGCUCACGCCCAGCAGUUCCCUGUUGGCACCCUGAGGUCCUCUGCUUGCACCCCACCAUCCCUGCUGCCCCCAAAGACCCCUGCUUGCCCCCCAAGGUUGCCGCUUGCCUCCGGAGCGCCCCACCAGCCAGCGAGCAGAGCAGGUCAGCUGGGGGGGGGGGAGGAGGCAGGCAGAGCAGCUGCUCACCCUCCUCCUCCUCACCUGGGGCGCUGGGCAGGGGCUUCUGCUCCAGUGCCAGGGGCUGUGGGCACAGGCAGAGCCCCCGGGAGCUGGGGUGAGGCUGGUGCCGGGCUCAGGCAGGGGCUGGUGCAGCCCCAGCGAGGGCAGGAAAGGGCCUGAAGCUGCUCCCUGCGAGGCAGCAGUUGCAUUUUCAGUUGCAUUUUCAACAACCCCCAAAACUGGCAUUGCAAAAAACCCGCCAGCGGCAAAACUCCCCACCCUGCAGCGCAGCCAGCACAGGGCACGGGUCGCUGGCUCGGGGUCUGCCUGUGAGCCUGGAGCCGGCCAACCCCACUCGGCCCCGUGCCUCAGUUUCCCCAUCUGCAACGACAGCGUUGCCGGGGAGUGAAUUUGGCCUCGGUGCCCUGCAUUUUGCAGCGUGAAAGCUCCGUGUGCUGUGGGUGACAGUGUAAACACGAGGAGGAGGGCGAGGCUGCGGGGCCCGGCGUGACGCAGGGGGAAGAGCGGGUUUCCAGGCUGGGCCGCUGCAGGAUUUCCCCUUUCUCCCUCCAGCCCCGCUGCGGGUCCCUGCGGCCGCAGAACCACCAUGGAGUUCUCGGAGCUGAUCAAGACGGCGACGGUGGAGCGCGUGGUGCUGUCGCGCGCGGGGCUGCCGGCGGUGCGGGGCACCCUGUGCAUCACCAGCCACCACCUGCUCCUGUCCUCCUGCCGCGACGACCGGCCGGGCACGCUGGAGCUCUGGCUGCUCAUCCGCAGCGUGGAUGCUGUGGAGAAGAGAGCGCAGAACGUGGGCUGGUAUCAGCCCCCCCGGACUAAUGGCUCCCCGCGAGACACCAGGCUCGCCGGCUCCUCCGGCACCAUCACGCUCCGGUGCAAAGACCUGAAGGUGCUGCAGCUGGAAAUCCCGGGCAUGGAGGAGUGCCUCAAUAUCGCCAGCUCCAUCGAGACCCCAGAGCCCGAGGCUGGAGGAAGGAUGGCGCCUCUUCCCCCUCGAGCAGCACUUCCAAGAGAUCGCCUCGCAGGUGAGCCUGGAGGGAGAAACGCUGCUGGGCUGGCGCAGAAGCGACUCCCGCUCUGUGCCGGGCUGCCUGCCGGGGCCCGCGCUGCCGGGGAGGCACCAGAGGCAGCUCCCACCUUGCAUCUCCCCCAGACAAACCGGUGGCGGCUGAGCGAGGUGAACCAGGAUUUCACCACCUGCCCCUCGUACCCUCCUGCCGUCAUCGUGCCAGCGGCAGUGGACGAUGACAUCUUGAGGAAGGCUGCCCGAUUCCGGCAGGGCGGGCGAUUCCCCAUCCUCAGCUACUACCACCGCAAGAACGGCACCGCGAUGCUCCGCAGCAGCCAGCCCCUCACCGGCCCCAACCGAAAGCGCUGCCUGGAGGACGAGCUGCUGCUGGGGACAGUGCUGGACGAGGGGGAGCGCGGCUUCAUCAUCGACACGCGGUCAGCCCAGGCGGCGAAGCAGGCUCGGAUGACGGGGGGUGGCACAGAGCCCAAGUCCUCCUACCCCCAGUGGAGGAGGCUGCACCGGCCCCUGGAGAGAGGCCGCCCGCUGCAGGAGAGCUUCACAAAGCUGGUGGAAGCCUGCAAUGACACCUCGAUCAGUAUGGACCGGUGGCUGAGCCGGCUGGAGAGCUGCCGCUGGCUGAGCCACGUCAAGGCGGCGCUGAGCACCGCCUGCCUGGCCGCCCAGUGCAUGGACAGGGAGGAGGCCAGCGUGCUGGUGCACGGGGCGGAGGGGACGGACACAACGCUACUGGUGACGGCGCUGGCCCAGGUGAUCCUGGACCCAUCCUGCCGCACGCUGCUGGGCUUCCAGGGGCUGCUGGAGCGAGAGUGGAUCGAGGCCGGCCACCCCUUCCACCUCCGCUGCGCCCGCUCUGCCUACUCCCAUGCCCGGCUGAAGCAGGAGGCACCGCUUUUCCUCCUCUUCCUCGACUGCGUGUGGCAGCUGAGCCGCCAGUUCCCCUUCUCCCUGGAGUUUGAUGAGCGCCUUCUCCUCACCCUCUUCGACAAUGCCUACGCCUCUGCCUACGGCACCUUCCUCUGCAACAACGAGAAGGAGAGGUGCCUGUGCAAGGUGAAGGAGAGCACGCUCUCCCUCUGGGGCUGGCUGAACCAGCCCGCCGAGAGGAAGAAGUACCUCAACCCUCUCUACUCGCCCAACGCCUUGGUCAUCUGGCCCUCCGUGGAGCCACAGAGCAUCCAGCUCUGGCAGGGGCUGUUCUUCCGAUGGAUCCGUUCAUCCCAGUACCUGGAUGAGGCCUGGGCAGAGAUUCAGCGGUUGGUAGAAAGCAGCAAUUCCCCAGUCAACGAGAGCGCAGGGAACAGUCUGAGCCGGUCCCUCUCCAACGCUGCUGCUCAAGAGGACAAUGAAAGGUGAACGGCAGCGUGGGCAAUCCAGAUCACCUCUCACCCCAUCCCCGUGGGCUGCGGGGCCGAGGUGAUGCUGCAGCUUUCCGUGGGAAGCGCUGUGCAGGACACAGGCCCCACGGAGCCUGGAUGGGGACAGGGAUGCCCUUCUGCAGCCUCUGGGCUGUGCAGACAGAGCUUAUUUCAGUAAAGUGGUCUCUCUCACAGCCCACGCCUCUUUCUGCACUAACACAAACAGCCCUGCUCCCUCCCAGGCAGGCUCCUUCCCUGUGGGAUGUCAGCAGUACUCCUGCCUGGACCACUGGCAGAGCAGGAGGCAGCGUGUGGGGCUCGCGCCGCAGCAUGCCAGGAUUGCAGCCUCUGUCCGGCUGCCAGGCACAGGAAGCACAGCAAAAACUGAGCAGCAGAACACACUAAACCUGCAACACCCCCUCCACGAGCAGCACGCCGGCUGCAGCAGUUUAAGCAUUGCAUCAGUCGCUCUGAGCUGGGAGCCGGACCAGGAAUCUGCCCUUGAACCCAGUUUUGAGGAAGGAAAGAGAGAAACCACCCCUGCAGAGAGAGCAGGGUGAGAGGGCAGGAGGAGGAUCUGCAGCACCAACACAACAGUGCAGGAAAUGACUGUUCCAUGAGGAAAGUUGGCUGAGAGUCAGUCCAGCAAAUAAACACAGCACCGGCGCGUGUGGAAAACAAUCCCUGGCUGCUGCGCUCCGGCCUGUUCACACUCUGGGGCCGGGCCCAAGACAGA